AUGUCGUCUUUGACCUUCACAUCGCAGAGAAGCGAAAGAAAAAGCUAUGGACUGCCCAAACCGGUGCCAGCGUAUUUCCCCACGUCCAAAAAAUCCAUUUUGAUCCCAAACUUCGAGCUCUACGAUGCGAUCAAACAGGCGCCUCGAGGGCUAGUCGCGACACACGAGGUGCCAAUCCGGUCUGGGAAAGCUUGGAAAGCGUCCAAGGGCUCCAUUGUGCGGAUCUCUACGCCUGAGGGCCCUCAGGUGUGCGACUUCAACUGCUGGGAAGCGAAUUCCGGUUUCAAAGAACACAUGUGGGCGUCUCGAACCCGCCAGCUGCAUUCUUCACAUGUCUCUGUCUACGACAAGCUGUGGUCGAAUCUGCCAUACCUCAGGCCCUUGGUCACCAUUAUCGACGACACACUGGCUGACUACGGCCCUGAUGAGCACGGCGGCCGCGUGUACGAUCUUUUGGGAACUCGUUGCGACCCGUAUGUCGACAAGCUGCUGAGCGGCGAGGACGUCGAUUUCCACUGUCAUUCCAACCUGUACCGGGCCAUUCGCGAGUUCGGCGGCGAGGAAGAGAACGUGCACGACGUGCUGAACAUUUUUCAAUCGACAGGGCUCAAUGAGCACGGUCAGUACUUUAUGGAAACGUGUCCUGCGAAAGCGGGCGACUAUUUUGAGUUUUUCUGCGAGGUUGACCUCAUAUGCGCCAUCUCGGCCUGCCCCGGCGGUGAUCUCUCGAAUUGGGGGUGGGGCGAGGGCGCCGAAGACCCAGAGGGCAGAAACGCUGGCGACAUGACAUCCGUGUGUCGUCCUUUGAAAGUGGAGGUCUUUGAGCUAAACGACUCGGCCACAGUGCUGGCAAAAUGGAAAUCUCCAGAACCUGUCAAAUACAAAGGAAACCAUGGCAUUACAAAAUAA